AUGAAGUUCGGCCACGAGUAUGAGACGGCCUUGGCCAAUGAAGGCUUCCCAGCAGAAUGGGUACAGAAGGCGAUCGAGUACAAGCAUUUGAAGAAAUGUAUCAAAAAGGUGCGCAAGGAAUUGGAGAGCCUGGGCUUGGAUGCAGCAACACUCGACUCUAUGGGCGAAUUGAUUGGAGGGCCACAAGAGCAUAAGGAGCAGAAGGUGCAUGACUACUAUGCUGGCACACGCCCAGGCUUGGAAAGCAUACCAGAAGAGUUUACACCUCAACUGCGAAUAUUGGUGGACAGCCACACAGGAACUCCACUGGAAGCCAAACUCGCGCCAGAGACUCGAGAGUCGCUGCAGAAGCUCGCCAAACAUGAAAUGGUAAUUGCAGGGCGUAGAGAGAACCUGGGUGAACAUCUACAACUACAUGCCGUUCAGGACCCACCGAGCGAUGACCCAGACACGACAUGUUCAAACUCGCUCAAUUCGCAGUCACCAGACGCGCGAUGGAUACAAGUACCACUCGCCUCUGCACAGGAUUUCUUCGAGAUGUUGGAGCCCAAGAUGAUGGAGUUGGACGAGUUGCGAACUGAGGAGACUCGCAAUCUGGAGGACGAAAUACUAGACUUGGGCGGCGCAGUCGAGGAUGUCGUCCAGCCCGUACGGGAAGGCUUCGAAGCUAAGCGCGGAAUGAGCUACCGAGACCUGUACUUCUGGCGUGAGAUGUUCCGAUUAUACCUUGAGAAACCCAUCUUCUACACCGAAACUGAAAGACGACGGGGAGCAAUCACUUACAAGGAAGCCAGGAGCAAUCUCGAAGAAUAUGACAAGCAAUUGCGCGAGACUGGACUCCUCGGCAAGAUGAAGACUCCUCAAGCCAAGGCUGCAGCAAAGGCAUUCUUGGACCUGAACGUGAACAUUCUCAACAUCAUGCACUUCCAAGAGAUGAACGCACGAGCAAUGACCAAGAUUCUGAAGAAGUUCAACAAGCGGACGCAUUUAGAAGGCAAGCCAUUCAUCCAUAGUUUGGAGAUCAAGUAUCCCGCUCUCAUGACUGGCAAGAGCGGUGCUGGCGGUUUCGCAAACUCCAUUGCUCGUGAUCUGCAUGCCGAGAUUGGAUCAAAAGUUCUUUCCGUCGUCCCGCAAAUCGAUGACUGGGUCUGCCCGGUGUGCUACGGCAUGGCAUGGCGUCCAGUGAACCUUGGAUGCUGCAAAGCAGUUUUCUGCAUCCGAUGUGUGAUACAACUACAAGAUACCAACAAGCCGAAAUGCCCCAUGUGCAACGCGCCAACGGUCAUGCAAGCCAAUGGCACCAACCUCGACUUCGACACCAUGGACUUCCUAGAAAAGUACUUCCCUAUGGAAGUACGCAAGAGACAAAAGGAGAACGAGAAGGCACAACUCGUUCGCGAUUAUGGAGAAGAGUUUGUAAAACCAGCAUGUUCGACGAUGUGAAUACGGCAGCAAGCCACGCAUACAGGGAGACUACUCAUGAAAUGAGAAUCACGGCCGAAGAGAUCGAAGAGAAGCGGCAUGUGUUUGCAUUGUUUCCGGCGUUUUGCAUAGCAUACCCGGGAGUAGACCCGGUUGAGAGCUUGAGCUCUCGGGAGGUUUUUGGCUUGCGAUGAGUUUCGAUACCCCGCCGAAGACGGCACAUGGAGGACUUGUUACGUAGUGUGACGAUGAUCUGUAACAGUUAAUCAUAAAUGGACUGCAAGUACUACUUG